GCAAUAUUGGCGACAGAGUUCAAUAACUUCGAGAAGGGUGCAGCAUUCCAGAAACGGAUGAAGUCUGUCCUCGGGACCGGCGUAUUCAAUUCAGAUGGUAAUUUGCAUCGCACGCAUUCGUCGCAGCAUACCUGGCGGUUGCGUUUCAGGCGAGAUGUGGAAGUGCGUUUUUAA